GGGCUGGGGGAGGGGGCGGGGGGGCCGCGCCGCGCGAGCCGUUGGGCCUGGCUCGGAGAAGGCGUUGCCGCUGCUGCCGCCACUGCCGCCAGGAGACACAGCAGCAGGAUCAAACGCAGCGUGGUGAUGGGCGGGAGUAGAGCCCCGCCGGAGAGGCUGGGCGGCUGCCGGUGACAGAUUGUGCUCGGUUCACUGUGCCUCCUGCAUGUCCUGCUGCCCUGAGCUGUCCCGAGCUAGGUGACAGCGUGUCACGCUGCCACCAUGAACGAGGUGUCUGUCAUCAAAGAAGGCUGGCUUCACAAGCGUGGUGAAUACAUCAAGACCUGGAGGCCUCGGUACUUCCUGCUGAAGAGUGAUGGCUCCUUCAUUGGCUAUAAGGAGCGUCCUGAGGCACCUGACCAGACCCUGCCCCCGCUAAACAACUUCUCUGUUGCAGAAUGCCAGCUGAUGAAGACCGAGAGACCGCGGCCCAACACAUUCGUCAUACGCUGCCUGCAGUGGACCACAGUCAUCGAGAGGACCUUCCACGUAGAUUCUCCAGAUGAGAGGCAAGAGUGGAUGCAGGCCAUCCAGAUGGUCGCCAACAGUCUCAAGCAGCGUGGUCUCGGCGAGGACCCCAUGGACUACAAGUGUGGCUCCCCUAGUGACUCCUCCGCGGCUGAGGAGAUGGAAGUGUCCGUCAACAAGGCGCGGGCCAAGGUGACCAUGAAUGACUUCGACUAUCUCAAGCUCCUCGGCAAGGGCACCUUUGGCAAAGUCAUCCUGGUGCGGGAGAAGGCCACCGGCCGCUACUACGCCAUGAAGAUCCUGCGGAAGGAGGUGAUCAUCGCCAAGGAUGAAGUCGCCCACACAGUCACCGAGAGCCGGGUCCUCCAGAACACCAGGCACCCGUUCCUCACCGCGCUGAAGUACGCCUUCCAGACCCACGACCGCCUGUGCUUUGUGAUGGAGUACGCCAAUGGUGGGGAGCUGUUCUUCCACCUGUCCCGGGAGCGUGUCUUCACGGAGGAGAGGGCCCGCUUCUAUGGUGCGGAGAUCGUCUCAGCCCUGGAGUACCUGCACUCGAGGGACGUGGUGUACCGUGACAUCAAGCUGGAAAACCUCAUGCUGGACAAAGACGGCCACAUCAAGAUCACCGACUUCGGCCUGUGCAAAGAGGGCAUCAGUGACGGGGCCACCAUGAAAACCUUCUGUGGGACCCCCGAGUAUCUGGCACCCGAGGUGCUGGAGGACAACGACUAUGGCCGAGCCGUGGACUGGUGGGGGCUGGGCGUGGUCAUGUACGAGAUGAUGUGCGGCCGGCUGCCCUUCUACAACCAGGACCACGAGCGCCUCUUCGAGCUCAUCCUCAUGGAGGAGAUCCGCUUCCCGCGUACUCUCAGCCCCGAGGCCAAGUCCUUGCUUGCUGGGCUGCUUAAGAAGGACCCCAAGCAGAGGCUCGGCGGGGGGCCCAGUGAUGCCAAGGAGGUCAUGGAGCACAGGUUCUUCCUCAACAUCAACUGGCAGGACGUGGUACAGAAGAAGCUCCCGCCGCCCUUCAAACCUCAGGUCACGUCUGAGGUCGACACGAGGUACUUCGACGACGAGUUCACCGCCCAGUCCAUCACCAUCACACCCCCGGACCGCUAUGACAGCCUGGGCUCACUCGACCUGGACCAGCGGACUCACUUCCCCCAGUUCUCCUACUCGGCCAGCAUCCGAGAGUGAGCGGUGAUGCCCACACGCCCGCUGCCACGACCACGGGACACUCAUGGCUGCCAUCACCGCCCGGGGGGACUUGUCCUUUUUUUUUAACUGUUUAUUUUGCCUUUUUUGUUUGCAUCUCCUUCCUGCAUCCCCACAACCCCAUUUCCAGUUUUUUCCUUCAGUUCUCUGCCAGACCCCCCUCAGCGGGCCCGGCGGCCCUGCCUCCGGAGUCCUGGCCUGCUGCUGCCUCUGUGGCCAGAUCAGGACUGGGGAGGCUCCCUGGCUUGCCCCAGGGAGUUGGGGAGAUUUUGGUUUUUAACCAACAAGCCCCAGUGGGGAGCAGAGGUGGAGUCGGGGGCCUGCCUGCAUUUUUAGCCAGGUGCCCAUAGCUGCCUGCCCCUGCACUGUGCCACCCCUGGAGACUGCACGGCACCGGGGGUUUCUUCUCUGCCUGUCACCAGGCUCCAAGUGGCCUGGCAAGGGGACAGUCCAGCCCCCUCCCUCACACAGGGGCAGAAAAGCAAUAAUGUUCAGGGCCAGGCAGGGCCUGCGGGAGCUGCGGGAGCAGAGGUCUAGAGCUCCCUCUCGAGGCUGGGGUCAGUCACCUGGUGGGGAACCUGGAGGGGCCCAGGGACGGGCACUGCCUCCCUGUGCCCCACGCUGCUCUCCUGACCCUGUGGGUGAGGCAGGAGGAACGUUUUGGGGGCUGGCCUCCCUGCCCCCCAGCCUGGUGCCUUACCAGGGCUUCCUUCCGGCUGGCCAUACCACCCACUGGGCGCUGGGCCCUGGGCCUCGCCCCUGUCCCUCCCAGGGUGGGGCUGGGGUUGCCCCUUCUCUCUGCCUGGGGCUGAGGGGCCCAGCCUUGGCUGUUACAAGUCUCGCACCGAGACAGUGUUGGGCCCCGAGGACUUGGGUUGAGGAGGGGGCGAGGAUGGGUGUCUGGUACAUACUGGGGUGGGGACCUCCGCGAAGAGAGGCUUCAGGCCACCUCCCCCUCCCCCAGCCCCAUGUUCUGCAGCCUUAAGGUGAGUGUGUCAGUGCUGUGGGCACUUGCGUGCAUGUGUGCCUUGGACUGUGUGUGGGCGUCCUUGUGCCCAGGGUGUGUGUUGUGUAUGUGCGUGUGUUGGGUAUGCGUGUGUGGGGGCAUGUCCAGGCUUCGUGUGUGUGGUGUGUGCGUGGUGUGUGUGGUGUGUGUGGUGUGUGUGUUGUGUGUGGGCUUAGGCCCCUGGCCCUGACCCCAGCCUUUCAUCCCCGGGGGAGGGGUGCUGGCCUGGCCAGGGAGCCACACCUGAGGCCCACGUGCUGCCCUGCUCCCCCGCCCUUCCCACCAACACCUCUGGGUAUUUGGAAUGUAGUUUUUGUGGGUUUGAUAGCCCCACCCCCUCCUGUAGGUAGUUUAGAGAGAGACGGCUGGGUGGGGUGGGGUGGGGUUGGGGAGGGUGGGAGGUCUCUUCCUUUUUGUGUGUGUAUGUCAUUUAUCUGAUAGUUCUCUUCCCCACCGGCCCUUCCCCAUUCCUCAUAUUUGUACGGUACAAGCAAUAAAGACUCGUUUCAGACCAGGCCCACCA